CCGCUGCGCUGAGGAAAAGUCACUACCGGAAAAGCAAGAAAGAGCUGAGGUGAGCGGGCGGCGGCGGUUGGCGACCGCAGCCUAAGUCUGUCUCUCCGCCCCCGCGGUUGCGUCUCUCCCGGCGUGGAGCGCCGAAGUCCGGCGCGGGACAGCCUGGGACGCCCGGGCUAGCCUUCCUCCCGGUUCCUCCGCGAAGCCUCCCCGGGGCCUGAGGCAGGCGGCCGGCCGAAGGAUCAUCUGUCCCUAUCGGGUGAGUUAGCACACCUGUUGUCUUGGGUGGUCAACACGUUCUCAAUUUUCAAGGUGUAUUUCCUAUCAGGAAACUUGAAGAUAAUAUGGUCUGAACCCACAGUGAACUUCUGAACAUCGUAGUUGUGUUGAUCAGGCUGCUCUGGUCUUAGGUUCUUGAUUGUCUACAAUGGGUGAACCACAGCAAGUGAGUGCACUUCCACCGCCUCCAAUGCAGUACAUCAAGGAAUAUACAGAUGAAAAUAUUCAGGAAGGCUUGGCUCCCAAGCCUCCUCCUCCAAUUAAAGACAGCUACAUGAUGUUUGGCAACCAGUUCCAAUGUGAUGAUCUUAUCAUUCGCCCUUUAGAAAGUCAGGGCAUUGAACGGCUUCAUCCUAUGCAAUUUGAUCAUAAGAAAGAGCUGAGAAAACUCAAUAUGUCUAUACUGAUUAAUUUCUUAGACCUUUUAGACAUCUUAAUAAGAAGUCCUGGGAGUAUAAAACGAGAAGAAAAGCUAGAAGAUCUUAAGCUACUUUUUGUACAUGUACAUCAUCUUAUAAAUGAAUAUCGACCCCACCAAGCAAGAGAGACUUUGAGAGUCAUGAUGGAGGUCCAGAAACGCCAGCGCCUUGAAACAGCUGAGAGGUUUCAGAAACAUCUGGAACGAGUCAUUGAAAUGAUUCAGAAUUGCUUGGCUUCUUUGCCCGAUGAUUUGCCCCAUUCAGAAGCAGGGAUGAGAGUUAAAGCUGAGCCGAUGGAUACUGAUGAUAACAGCAAUUGUCCUGGACAGAAUGAACAACAAAGAGAAAGUUCAGGUCACAGAAGGGACCAGAUUAUAGAAAAAGAUGCUGCCUUAUGUGUGCUAAUUGAUGAAAUGAAUGAAAGGCCAUGAAGAAUAUUCCUUUUUUUCCUUUUAGUAAGUAGCAUCAUAUAUUAGUUUAUUUCCUCUCAGACAGUCUUAAGAGGUAUAACUAAAGAUACUAAGAGACUUUUUUUCAAUUGAAAUGCUGUAGGUGGUAAUUUAACACUAAACAUAGGCCAGCAAGUAUAUUUGAGUAAUUGCCAUAAAAAAGCUGAAUGUUUGCUAUUGUUUGAGAUAGUCCUAUUUUUUGGAGUUGGAAUAAAAACUUGAAGUAAUAACGAAUUGUCAUUCUUGGAAAAAAAGUUAUUUGCUUCGAGACUAAUAAAGGGCAUCAAGUGUACAUGUGAAAUUAUAAAAUGUUUAGAUUUAUUCCAAAAUAAUAUAGAAAGUUUAUUUUUCUGAUUACUGUUCCAGCAAACUCAGUAUCACAGCUUUUCUCCUCCUUAUUCUCCAUAGAAUAUUUGUUAGGGACUCUUUUUUUGCCCCAGUCAGGUAAUGAUGUGGUUAUGAUCCAAUUCUAUGAGAAAUGUACAUACUUCACCUUCACAGAUGGAUACAGGCUUCCCCCAAAAGAUAACUCUAUUGAGUAGCUAUUCAGUCUCAACAUAGCUUCUUUUCUGGUUUGUGUUUGCUAAGACUAUCCUAGUCUCUUAGCCAUCAUACCACCCUCAGAAGAGUCUUGCUUCCAAAGUAAUCUAAUCAGAACACCUUGUCCAGUUUAUAUCCUUUUCAAACACAUGUAUAUGUUGGUAGCACAGUUCUAAUCACAAAGCUACCCACAACUCAAUCCGUCUUUAGUCAUUACAGAUGAGGAAGUAGAGGUUCAGAGAAGUUGACUUAACCAACUAAUAAGUGGCAGAAUCAAGUUAGAAAGUAGGUAUUCAGUUUCAUAGCCAAAGUACUGAACUUCAUUCUCUAUCCUCUAGUCUGUCAUACUGGAAAUCAUAACUAGAGCUACUCCAGUUUUCUAAUCUUGAAAUCCACCCUAGUAAAUACCUCAUGACACUAGACUCAAGAGGAUACAUUUGUUGAUUGGAAGAAUGACUUCUCUUUAAACAUACUCAGGAGGCAGGGUUUGUUGGUUAAGACUUCCAUAUCUUAAGAUGGUGCUUGUAAUUCUACCUAAAAACCCUUCUUAGUAGGUAAUGUUCCUAACUAAGACUCAUAAGAAUUAAAACUUCACAUUUAUGGUUUGGUUGGGCAAGAGUCUAUGUGGGAUAAGAAAUCGGCAAAGAUUUUUCUUGUUUUGCCCCCUUCUCCCUUUUUUGGUUCCUUGUCAUCUUCAUCUGGUGGUAAACUUACUGUACAGCCAUUUAAUAGGCAUUGAAAGGUAUACAAUUUCUCUUUCAUAAUACUCAUCUAUGGCUUGACAGCAGUCAUAGACAAUAGGUAAAUGAAAGCACUGCUCUAAUCCAACUCUCAUAUAUGAACAAUUGGAAUAAAAUAUGGACGCUGAAAAUUGAAACUCAA